AUGUCGAAGCGUGCCUCCACGAUGGCCUCGUCCAACGGCGAUGCCAAGAAGGACUUGGUCGACACCACCUCCUCCUCCUAUGACAAGCAAAAGAACCUCCUCUCCUCGGAGGUGGGCCACUUCUCCCUCAUUCGCGCCCUGCACCUCGCCGACCUCAUCACCGAGCUCAACGGAUUCUGCGGCAUCAUGUCCGUUUUCUCCUCCAUGCGCUACCUUCUUGGUGACCCCGCCUCGCUCGGCAACCUAUACGCCGCCCUCGCCUUCUUGCCAUUUGGUCUGUUCUUCGACUUCAUGGACGGCAAGGUCGCCCGCUGGCGCAAGAAGAGCAGCAUGAUGGGCCAAGAGCUGGACAGUCUCGCUGACCUGAUCUCCUUCGGCCUCGCCCCCGCCGUAGUCGCCUUCGCCAUCGGCCUUCGCACGCCCCUCGACCACAUCCUCCUCGCCUUCUUUGUCCUGUGCGGCCUGACCCGCCUUGCGCGCUUCAACGUGACCGCCACUGCCAUCCCCAAGGACGCCACCGGCAAGGCGCGCUACUUCGAGGGUACACCGAUCCCCACCUCGCUCGGCCUCGACGCCCUGAUGGCCUACUGGGUCUACAGCGGCAACAUCCACAACAGCCUGCCCGGCGGCGUCUGGUUCGCUGGCUCUGUGCUCGAGGUUCACCCCGUUGUGCUGCUGUGGGUUGUUCAUGGCUGUUUGAUGACGAGCAAGACCAUUCAUAUCCCGAAGCCUUGA